CAGAACCAGAACCAGAGUCUCUGUUGAGUGCUGACUUCACUCAGAGCUUCACCUGAAGACUUUUGUUCUGGUUCUGUUGGGUCUGGGUCUCAGACCUCCUUCCUCUCUGACUCUCCUGAAGUUACAGACGACAGAUGAAACUCAGCGUCACCUCGAGGACUCUGGAGGAUUUCUCUGCUCCAACGUUGUUGGAAACAUUCAGGAGAAUUUUACACAAUUCAGUAAAAUACAGAACAAAGAAACUUCACACUGCAGUUUAUAUCAGCAGAGAGUGAAACAGAUGAAGAGUCGAACAUUAAAGCUCAAAGACUGUGAAACAUUUCUUCACUGGAGUCAGAAAGUCAGAAAAAGCCUUGUUGAUUCUCUUCAGCUUCUUUUUAUUGGCGGUUCGUUGAGUUCAGAGAUCUUCAGCUUCACACAUUCAGUCCAACUGAUACAAAACAGACAUGAAGGAAGUAAAACACAAGACGGAAACACACACACACACAGUGCAGUGAGGUACUGAGUCACAUGAAUGACACACACACACACACACACACACACACACACACACACACACACACACACACACACACACACUUCGCUGAGUUGUUUCUCCAGCAGUCUCAUCAUGGACGUCCGGCUGGUCUGCAGCACCUUGAGUCUGCUGUUACCUGUUAUAGGAGUAGCUCUCAGCUCUGGAGAUGACGGCUGGUCCACGACGGUGCAGCCGGAGGUUCGAGCCAUCGAGGGCUACCCGGUGGUGCUGCCCUGCACCUUCAGCCACCCGCAGCACUCCCAGCAUACCUCCCUGCAGGUGGUGUGGCGUCUGGGCCACGGCCAGGGAGCCACCGUCCUGUACCGCUGCUCCAGCCGAGUCGGAGCCCCCACCUGCGAGCCGGGGCCCCAACAGGACCAGCGCUACCGGCUGGAGGGCAACCCGAGGGAGCACGACCUGUCCCUGCGCAUCAACAGCGCCACCCUGCAGGACAACGGACGCUACUACUGCCGGGUGGAGGUUCAGGGGCGAGAACACGUCAGCUUCGAGGACAAGAUGGGAACCAGACUGAGAGUGGAGGCUCCUCCAAAGAUUCUGGCUCUGUCGGUGGAGGGCAGCGAGCAGUCCGGCUACAGAGCCAUAUGUCGGGUCCAGGGCUCCCCGCUGCCGGACGUCCAGUGGCUCGGCCCGGACGACCUGCUGGAGGGUUCUCCUGAUGGUCCGGUGGCUCAGGGCUCGGCGGCCCAAUACCACACCGUCAGCCAGCUGAGAGACGUGGAGCCGGGUCAUCAGUACACCUGCAGCGCCUCCAACCCGCUGGGCAAAGAGGAGUCCACGCUGUACGUCCUGACCCCCCAACCGCCACUAUCAGUGACGGCGGCCUCGCCUCCUCUCCUGCUCCUCCUGUCUGUGUCUCUGGGCGCAAAGGUGGUCCUGCUGGUGGGGGUGGGGGUGUGGGUGGUGCAGGGUGGAGGUCUGCAGGGAGUCGGCUGCUGGUGGAAGUAAUUCUAAAUGAUUUAUUUUGAUUUAUAUAAUGGUUAAUAACACUAUAACAUAGUCGUAUGCAGAGUGAAGCGUUGAUAUUUGCUGUAUAAACACACAUCAAAUGAUCAUUUAGUAAAACACUGUUGUAAAAUGUCUUCAUGUCAGAAGUUCCAAAUACUGAACAUUAACAAACAUUAAAAAUGACCUGAACAACUACAACUACAUGACAGUGUGUUAUAAACUGUUUAUAUAUGUUUAAAAAAUUACAGAUUAGAUAAUAAUCUACUAAUUUAAUGUAUUAACAAGGACCUGAUGAAAUUAUAAAGAUGUUUAAUCAAAAUAAAUACUGUCCUUCGCAGAGA